AUGGCAGGGGAAGGAUAUCUCAAACAUAUGAAUGAUUAUAUGCGGUAUGAUCUGAUCGCGGACUAUCGAACUGGCUCCAGUUUGGAGCACGAGUUGAAGAUGGAAGAAGAGAUUCAGCGUUUCGGCGGUAUGAAUGAUUAUAUGCGAUAUGAUCUGAUCGCGGACUAUCGAACUGGCUCCAGUUUGGAGCACGAGCUGAAGAUGGAAGAAGAGAUUCAGCGUUUCGAGAAGGAACGUCAUAAAGCUGGCGCCACCCGACGUCGUAUAUUUCCGCAGUGCAGCCGCCUCGCGAUGACCUUAGCAUUUGUCAGGGCCUACUAG